CCUUCUCUCUUAUUCUCUAGCUCCCCCCUCCGAAUCCGCCGCCCCGUUCGAGGACGCUAUAAAACCCUGGAUUCCUCCACAAAAGAGCCAGUAGACGCCUAACGUCAGUUGUUGGCUUUAGAGGAUCUCUCUCGAAACACACACCAGCUCCCUCUCUACAUUUCCCUAAUUCUCGUCGGUUGUUUGCCGUUCAGCGUGAGAGUCUAAGGAUCCACAAGUCGAUUUGCAGCCAGUGACACUCGGUGAUUCCAACGCAGCGCACGAAGUCAACGUUUUAUUAUCUACUUUUCCCAUUUCAAGUCAGAGCAAACGCAUCCCCAUCGCAAACAAAAUGGACACCAAAGAAUUCCGUCAACGCGGCCGCGAGAUGGUCGAUUACAUCGCCGAAUAUAUGGAAUCGGUUGGUGAGAGGCGUGUGACUCCCGACGUGGAACCGGGUUACCUGCGCGACCUAAUCCCGUCGACAGCUCCUUACGAAGGCGAAGGCUGGCCGGAGAUCAUGGCGGAUGUGGAAACGAAAAUUAUGCCCGGUGUGACCCACUGGCAGCACCCGCGGUUUCACGCUUACUUCCCAUCGGGCAACUCGUUCCCGUCCAUUCUAGGCGACAUGCUUUCUGACGGCAUUGGAGCCAUUGGUUUCUCCUGGGCUGCUAGUCCGGCUUGCACUGAACUAGAGACUAUCGUCUUGGAUUGGCUCGGUCAAAUGAUUGGUCUCCCUCAUGACUUUUUAUCCUUUCCCGAGAACAGCAUAGGCGGUGGUGUCAUGCAGUCAUCAGCCAGCGAAUGCGUGUUGGUCUGCUUAUUGGCUGCCCGUGCUCUGAAGAUCAAGGAACUCAAAGCUCUCCACCCGUUUGUUGAGGAGGGUGUUCUACUCUCCAAGUUGGUCGCCUACUGUUCCAAGGAGGCUCAUUCAUGCGUCGAAAAAGCAGCCAUGAUUGCUUUCACGAAGCUUCGUAUCCUCGACCCUGAUGCAGAUUUGGCCCUUCGCGGAGCCACGCUUGCACAGGCCAUUGAAGAAGACAAAGCUAUGGGUUUGGUCCCUUUCUUCGUAUCAGCCACUUUGGGAACCACGUCAUGCGUUUCGUUUGAUAAUUUGGCUGAAAUCGGCCCAAUUGCAGAGGCAGCUGGAACAUGGCUCCAUGUCGACGGAGCAUACGCUGGUAAUGCCAUGAUCUGCCCAGAAUUCAAAUAUCUGAUGAAGGGCAUUGAACACGCCAUGUCCUUCAAUUGCAACCCCAACAAAUGGUUGCUCACAAACUUUGAUUGUUCCACCAUGUGGGUUCGCGAUCGCUUCAAGCUGACUCAAGCCCUGGUCGUCGAUCCACUGUAUUUGCAGCACAGCCACUCUGGCAAAUCCAUCGACUACAGACAUUGGGGAAUUCCUUUGAGCCGUCGUUUCCGCGCUCUCAAACUCUGGUUUGUUAUCCGUAACUACGGCGUGGCUGGUCUUCAGAAGUACAUCCGUGAGCAUUGCCGCCUGGCCAAGUGUUUCGAAGCCCUUGUCAGAGAGGAUGACCGUUUUGAAGUCAGCAACAUUGUCCGGAUGGGAUUAGUGUGCUUCCGUCUCAAGGGCAACGACAAUAACGAGCUGAACCAGAAGCUUCUGUCCAACAUCAACGCUUCCGGAAAACUGCACAUGGUGCCGGCUUCCGUUCACGGCCGAUUCGUCAUCCGUUUCUGCGUUUGCGCUCAGGAUGCCAAGGAUGCUGACAUUGAUUACGCGUGGGAUGUCAUCACCGACUUUGCCACCGAGCUGCUCGAAGCCGAGAUCGUCAAGGAGAAAUCGGGAUUGCCAUUGGAUGUUCUGGAGAACAGCAACGAGGAGGUUGGUCAGGUCGCACACAAGGUGGAAAUUUCGGAGCUGAUGGAUCUAAUGGAACGCGUCCAUAUGCCUAUUCAAAAGCAAAACAGUAUUGCCAGUAUUGGAAGGCAAGGCAGUCUGGCUAGUGUCGGAAGGCAACAAAGCCUUGCGAUUAUCGGAAGGCAACAGAGCCUUGCAAGCAUUGGAAGGCAACAGAGCCUCGCCUAUAUCGGAGAGGUUGGCAACAACCUUUCGGAUGGUGGAGAGCAAGAGAUGGCCAACAAGCCAAGACAGAGACCAAGCCUUGCCAGGAGACUCACAAAGCGUCAGUUCAGUUUUACGGACACCAUAGAAUUCGUAGGGAUGGUCAACACCGCUCAAGAUGAGAGCAUGAAUCCUUGAA